AUGUGUACUACACCAACUAAUUGUUUAUCUUGUGAUUCAGGAAAUUAUUUAAAUAUAUUAACUCACCAAUGUUAAUCUACUUGUGAUAGUAAUUGCUAAACAUGUUAAACUACAACCACACAAUGUUUAACAUGUGAUUCUGGAAAUUAUUUAAAUUCAUCAACUAAUUAAUGUCAAUCAAGUUGCGAUAGUAAUUGCGCAACUUGUUUAACUACUACAACGUAUUGUUUAUCUUGUGAUUCUGGGAAUUAUUUAAAUUUAUCAACCCAUCAAUGUUAAUCAACUUGCGAUAGUAAUUGCGCAACUUGUUAAACUACAACAACAUAUUGUUUAACAUGUGAUUCUGGGAAUUAUUUAAAUUCGUCAACGAAUCAAUGUUAAUCAAGUUGCGAUUCCAAUUGCCUGACUUGUUAAAAUACAACUGCAUACUGUUUAUCCUGUGACUCUGGUAAUUAUUUAAAUUCAUCCACUAAUCAAUGCUCAUCAAAUUGUGAUAGUAAUUGUGCAACUUGUUAAAAUACAACAACCUACUGCUUGUCUUGCGAUUCAGGUAAUUAUUUAAACGAAUCAACUCAUACAUGUUAAUCAACUUGCGAUAGCAAUUGUUUAACUUGUUAGUCUACAAUAAUAUAUUGUUUAUCAUGUGAUUCAGGAAAUUAUUUAAAUUUAUCAACCCAUCAAUGCUAAUCGAGUUGUGAUACUAAUUGUUUGACUUGUUAAAAUUCAACUACAUAUUGUUUAUCCUGCGAUUCUGGAUAUUAAUUAAACUCAUCAACUCAUUAAUGUGAGUUAAUUUGUGAUAGUAAUUGCUUGACUUGUUAGACUACACCAACUAAUUGUUUAUCUUGUGAUUCAGGAAAUUAUUUAAAUUUAUCAACUCACCAAUGUUAAUCUACUUGUGAUAGUAAUUGCUAAACUUGUUAAACUACAACCACACAGUGUUUAACAUGUGAUUCUGGAAAUUAUUUAAAUUCAUCAACUAAUUAAUGUUAAUCAAGUUGUGAUAGCAAUUGUUUGACUUGUUAAAAUACAACAACCUAUUGUUUAUCCUGUGACUCUGGUAAUUAUUUAAAUUCAUCAACUCAUCAAUGCUCAUCAAGUUGUGAUAGUAAUUGCGCAACUUGCUAAAAUACCACAACCUACUGCUUGUCUUGCGAUUCAGGUAAUUAUUUAAACGAAUCAACUCAUUCAUGUUAAUCAACUUGCGAUAGCAAUUGUUUAACUUGUUAGUCUACAAUAAUAUAUUGUUUAUCAUGUGAUUCAGGAAAUUAUUUAAAUUUAUCAACCCAUCAAUGCUAAUCGAGUUGUGAUACUAAUUGUUUGACUUGUUAAAAUUCAACUACAUAUUGUUUAUCAUGUGACACAGGAUAUUAUUUAGACGAAUCCACUCAUUAAUGCUCAUCAAACUGUGAUUCAAAUUGCUAAUAAUGUUCAAUUACAACUACUCAUUGCACACAAUGCUUCUCAAAUUUUGUUUUGGAUAAUACUACUUUUUAGUGUAUUUUUGUUUGUGAUUCAAAUUGUUUAACAUGUUAAACAACUUAAACCAAUUGUUUAACAUGUAACUCUGGAAUGUACUUAAAUGAAGUUACUCAUCAAUGUUAGUCUUCUUGUGAUAUUAAUUGCCUCACUUGUGAGAAUACCAUAAAUACAUCAACUAACUAAUGUGUUUCUUCUUGUGAUCUAAAUUGCUUAACCUGUUCAAGCUCACCCACUUAUUGUUUAACUUGUGAUGUAGGAUCUUAUUUAAAUAUAUCUAAUCAUCAAUGCUAAUCUGUUUGUGAAUCAAAUUGUGCGACAUGCUAGACUCUAUCAACAUUUUGCUUAACAUGUACAAUUGGAAUGUAUUUGGAUUAAGCAACAAAUAUAUGUGAGUCUAAUUGCGAUGCUAAUUGUGCAACAUGCCAAACAACUACAACUCAUUGUUUAACUUGUAAUUCAGGUAUGUACUUAAAUCCAAGCACAAAUUUAUGCUAAUCAACCUGUGAUAGUAAUUGCUUAACUUGUUAAGGCACAACAACAUAUUGUUUGUUGUGUAAUGUUGGAUAAUAUUUAAAUGUAUCAAAUAAUUAAUGCCAAUCUACUUGUGAUUCAAAUUGUGCUACUUGUUAGACUUUAACAACUGAGUGCCUCUCAUGUCAGAGUGGCUGGGAAUUAAGAGGUUCUGGUACAGUUUGUUAUAUCAUAUGUGAUUCAAAUUGUAAAACCUGCGAAACAACUGCUGUUAAUUGUCUUACUUGUUAUGACUUGAUGUAUUUAAAUGUAUCGAAUAAUCAAUGUUAAUCUACUUGCGACCCAAAUUGUGCUACUUGUCAAGAUACGACAAUUCAUUGUUUGACAUGCGAUUCAGGAAUGUAUUUAAACCCAUCAAGCCAUUAAUGUUAAUCUACUUGCGAUACAAAUUGUGCUACUUGCUAAACAACAACUACUCAUUGCUUAACAUGUAAUCCUGGUUUAUAUGAAAAUCCUUCAACUUAAUAUUGUGAUGCCAAUUGCGAUGCAAAUUGUGCGACAUGCCAAAAUUUAACAAAUUAUUGUUUAACUUGUGCUUCUGGGAAAUAUUUUAAUUCAUUAACAAAUUAUUGUGAUUCAACUUGUGAUGCUAAUUGUGCUACUUGUUCAGGCACAACAAUCAAUUGCGUAUCCUGCGUUGUUGGAUAAUAUUUGAAUUCAACUACAAAAGUAUGCCAAUCCACUUGCGAUGCUACUUGUGAUACUUGUUAAGGCACUACUACUUAUUGUCUAACUUGUUAAGCUGGAAAAUAUUUAUUAUUAUCAAAUAAUACAUGCUCGGCAAGUUGCGACCCAACUUGCUUGACCUGUUAAACCACUACAACUCAUUGCCUCUCUUGUAACCCUGGAGAAUAUUUGAAUCCAUCUAAUAAUCAAUGCUAAUCUUCUUGUGAUCCAAAUUGCGACACAUGUUAAACAACUACCAAUCAUUGUUUAACUUGUUUCCCAGCUAAUUUGUUGAAUUUAUCAAAUAAUACCUGCUAGAAUACUUGUGAUGCUAAUUGUGCUACAUGCUAAACUUAUGCAAAUUAUUGUUUAACUUGUAAUAUUGGAAUGUAUAUGAAUUCAUCAGCACAUACAUGCUCAUCAACAUGUGAUGCUAUUUGUGCAACUUGUCUCUCAACAACUACGCACUGCUUGACUUGUAAUGCAGGCAUGUAUUUAAAUGAGACUACAAAUCUUUGCUAAUCCACUUGUGACUCAAAUUGUUUGACAUGUUAAACUACAACUACUAGAUGUUUAACUUGUAACACCAACUAUUACUUAAAUUUAUCAAAUAAUAUUUGCUAAAACACUUGCGAUGCAAAUUGUUUGACAUGUUAAGUAACUACAAUAAAAUGCAAGACUUGUAAUGCAGGGAUGUAUUUUAAUAAAUCAAGCUUUAUAUGCCAACCUUCUUGUGAUAUAAAUUGUGCUACUUGUUUGAUAACAACAACUAAUUGUUUAAGUUGCCCAGCAGGAACUUACUUAAAUGAAACUAAUAAUACAUGUGUAAAUACAUGUAAUUCAAAUUGUGCAACUUGUGAUAUUACCACAACCCAUUGUUUAACAUGUUUUUCAGGAUUUUAAUUAGAUACAAGUACAAAUAAAUGCACUGUUGUUUGUGAUUCAAAUUGUGCAACUUGCUUCAGCUAGCCAACACUUUGUACCUCUUGUUUUGAUGGAAUUUAUCUCAAUAAAACCACAAAUGUGUGUCAAACUGAUUGUGAUACGAAUUGUUUAACAUGCACAAUUUCAACAACAAAUUGUUAAUCUUGCUAUGAUGGUUAUAAAUUAAAUGAAACUACAUUUGUUUGCGAUUUAAUAUGCACAGAUAAUUGUUAAAGUUGUGUGAUAGAUCCAUCACAUUGCACUACUUGCUUUGAUUUGAUGUAUGUUAACCUUUCAAAUCACGUUUGCGAGUCAGCAUGCAACGUCAAUUGUGCAACAUGCAAAGACACAACUACAAAUUGCUUGACAUGCAGUUCAGGAUUGUAUUUAGAUAAUAUCACAGUCACAACUUCUGGUGUUUGUUUAGUAUGUCAUCCUCCAUGUGCCGUUUGCUAAUCUCCAUCACAAGUAGAAGUAUGUGUUGAUUGUUAAUAUCAUUAUUAUCUGGAUAAUACUUCAACAUGUUAAGCCUGUCAUCCUACUUGCUACAAAUGUACAGGAACUGCAGAUGUUUAAUGUUCUGAAUGUGCUCCAGGAGAUUUUUUAGUUGUAUCUGGAACUGAUAAAACUUGUCAUUCAUGCACAUAGCCCUGUUUUGAAUGUUCUUCAGAUUCAGUCUGCUUAUCUUGCAUUCCAUAAUAUUUUCUAAGUGGAACUAUUUGUUUACCCUGCACUCCACCUUGUUUUAACUGUGCCACAACAACGUCAACCUGUGUAGAUUGCUUUUUAAGUGAUUUUAGAGGUGUCGUUAGUGAUGUUUGUGUUUGUCUACCUCAUUAUUAUGAUCAAAAUAAUGGUGACAGUGUGUGCCUAAUUUGUGAUGCUAAUUGUAAGACAUGUGUUGAUGUACCUACUUAAUGUACAAGUUGUGAAAAUGGAUUUUAUCUGGAUGGCACUACUUGUAAUGCUUGUGACAUAUAAUGUAAAACUUGUUAAACCUCAGCAACAAACUGUACUUCAUGCGAUUUUGAUGUUUAUUUGAGAACUUUAUAUAAUAACUAAUGUAUUUGUGAUGAUGGAUUGUACUAUUCUGAUGCUUAACUUAUAUGUACAGCUUGCGUUUCACCAUGCUAUACUUGUUUGAGUGGUAAAGAUGGUAAUGGAGUAAACUAUGAUGGAAAUUAAUGUGUAACCUGUCUGCCUGAUAAUAAUAGAGCUGUUAAUAACACCACUAAAACUUGUCCUUGUCAAAUAGGAUUUUUUGAUGCCGGGUAUUUAGUAUGUUAAGCUUGUACUUCUUAUUGUGUUUCAUGUUUAACGGAUGAGUUGGAUUGUGAUUAAUGUAAACCAUCCACAUUCAGAGAUCCUGUCAAAAAAUGCUAAUGCUAAGAUGGUUACUUUGGAACAGAUCUUGUAUGUUAACCUUGCUCCUUUCCUUGUUUCCAAUGCGAGUUGUAAAGCGAUAGGUGCAUAGCAUGUGCAGUUGGGAGAGUAUUAAAUGGUAAUACAUGUGAUUGUGCUUACGGAUUUUAUGAAGAUUCUGAUGGAACUUGUUAAAGCUGUUAGAGUCCUUGUGCGUCAUGUGUCACUCUUCCAACAUUUUGUUAUAGUUGUGUUGCUGGAUAUUAUCAGCCACUCGGUGAAUUAUAAUGUUUAUCUUGUGUUGUACCUUGUGAAUAUUGUAAUCCCAAUGAUGGUGAAAAUUGUACAACUUGUCUUCCAAAUUAAAAUCGACAAGUCAAAAAUUAAGUCUGCGUUUGUAAACCAUCUUACUAUUAAAUGGAUAAUGUGACUCCAUGCAUCGCUUGUGAAAGUACAUGCUAUAAUUGUGAAAAUAAUGGAGAUGGCACUCAAUGUACUGAAUGCAGAGCAGGGGAUAAUAGAACGUUAAAUGCAAGUAAGUAAUGCGUUUGUAACCCCAAUCAUUUUUCAUAAAGCUCAUCUCCAGUCUGUGCACCAUGUAUAGCUCCAUGCUUAUCUUGCAUCGUUUCUUAAGCAUCACCACCACCUGAUGGUACUCAAUGUCUUACUUGCUAAACGGGAUAACACAGAGUAAUUGAUCUUGUUAACAAUAAAUGUCCUUGUGAUAGUGGAUAUUACGAAACUACUGGAGUAGUAUUGUGUAGUUUGUGUAUAUCUCCUUGCUUAGAAUGCAUAGAUAAUGGAACUGGAAAUGAAUGUACAUCUUGUGUUGCUGGUUCAAACCGUGUUGCUGUCGCAUAAGUCUGCGUAUGUGGUGACGGAUACUAUUAGGUCGGCGCAAGUGUUACUUGUAGCUAAUGUUAUUACACUUGUUAAAAAUGUUAGAAUUUACCCACAGAAUGCCAUUAGUGUGAUCCUUUAAAACAUCGUUUACUUUCUGGUUCGACUUGCAUAUGUUAAGAUAAUUAUUAUGAUAAUUUGAUGAAUGAUUCAGAUUGCAAACCUUGUACAAGCCCCUGUGAAUAAUGUUACACUUUCGCAGAUGGAACUAAAUGCAAAACAUGCUUGACUGGAAUGAAUAGACAUUUUUCUAAUUUUUAAUGCAUUUGCGAUGAUGGAUACUUUGAAAACAAUGGUAUAUGCAGUCUUUGUCACGUCACUUGUUUAACUUGUACAUCAUAAUCUACAUGUCAAACAUGCGACCUUACUAAAUAUGACUAACUUCCAUCCAAAAAUGGCUUGGCUUGUGUAUGUAAAUAAGGAUUUGAAAUGAAUUAAACAGGACAAUGUAUAUAAUCCUGCCCUAUGGAUUGUUUAACUUGCAAUGUUAAUACCUGUUUAACUUGUAAUAGUAACAGAGUCUUAUUAAAUGGAAGGUGUGUUUGUACUUUACCUGAUAACACCAGAUUUUGCAGAGCUUCUUGCUCAGAGAUUAACUUUGGAAAACUAGCUACAUCUUUACCUUCUCCAAGUUCGAACAAUUUAAUUGAUUAUCUGAAUGCUAAUUCAUUAUCUCCUACUGAUAUAGAAAUGGACGCUCUUAUUGACUCUUCUAUUUCAUGUUCUCUUCAAAGUUAGCUUGAAUAAGGUAUUAUUUCAACUGAUAAAAAUAACCAUAAUUCUCUACUGCUUAAAUAAUAAGAGAUUCAAAUUGAUCAAAGUCCUUUUGGCAAUUAAGCUUCCUAUUUUCAUUUUCUCAAGGACAAUGUUCGAUAUUUACUCUUCUAAAAAGAUGCUACUGUCUUAAACUUAAGAAUGGAAUACAAAUUUACUGUAGUUGCAGAUAGUGAAAAUAUUCAAAGCAAUGUUGUACCCAAAUCAUCUCUCAAUUAAUAAAUUGUGACAUUCAAUAUUGAUUAUUUAUAUACAGUUGUAUUGGUGUUCACUUACAACAUCAACAAUCCUCCAACUAUUACAAGUUCCAUCAUAAGCAAUGUUUAUUAAUUAAAUAUUCAAUUCAGUUCAUCUUAACCAGUUAUUUUAUUAACAGAAUUUUAUGAAAACAGUGCAACCUUUAGUGCUGCUACAAAUGCAUAAUUAAUAGCUGUAGCAAAUUAUAUAGGCCAAUUAUAUUGGUAGGGCAUAGCAUUCGAAUGCACACCUCACCCUAAGAAUACCAAAUAAAUGUUUUGGGAAAAUCAUCAAUUUUUACUUGAAGUUAUACCAACUAAUUUAUUGCCAUUAAAAGUAACAGAUGGAUCCAAUUAUAUUUCAACAGCAUUGUCUUCAAGUAAAUUCAGUGGAAAUAGUGCAUUGAUUUAAUUAAAUAAUGUAGAUGUUAAUUAUUAGACUACAUCUAUACAAUAUGAUAGUAGUGGAUUCUCAUAUUUCACUGUCUAAUUUCCAGAAAUAUUAGUCUUUGGUUUGCACAUGCUAUCAUAAUUCAUAUUCAAUCAAUUUACAAUAUAACAUUUUAUUACUAGUGGAUAUUAAAUUAGCACAUAACAACUUACAUAUACUAGCAAUAAUUACCAAUUUGUAGGAUAUAUGGUUGAUAUAUAUGGUACAACAUCUGUUAAGACUUUGAUAUUCGGUUACAACUAAGGACACACAUUUAAUGUAGUUUAAAAUGCAAAUAAUGUUUUGAUAACGGUGAGUGGAGCUAAUGUCAAAUAGAUUAAUUUUGCUGUUAUGGCUUUUGAUGAUACAUUAAUAAAUAAUUCUUAUCAAACCAUUUUUGAAUAAUACAUAAAAUUGUUAAUAAAAUCAAUUGAAUUAUCGACUAGAACACCAUUAAGAUAUGUCAAUCAAUAUUGGGUUUAGAAUCCUUUAUCAAUACCUGGGACAUUUGAAGCAUUAACUGAAUAAAUAGGAGGAUACUUUAUAAGUAAAGGAACAAAUGCAAUAAAUACUAAAUUUCCCUUUGAUAUUUCUCAUAAGAUAAGCACAGAUCUUAAAUAAAAUAUUAUCUAUACUAAUGGAUAUUUAGUAAAUGGAGAUUCUGCCUUUGGUAAAUUAACUAAGUACUUUACAUAAGCUAAUAAUAAGUUUGUUUUAGGGGCAUAAUUAAAUAAUAUUCUGUAUAUUUCAAUUUCAAUGGCUUCAACAGAUACAUUUGUAUCAUGUUCAUAAUCAGAAACUUUGUAUAAAGACAUCUAUGCUUACAUAAGUUUGUGUAAGAGGACUGAAACUUAAGUUUAUUAAAUAUUUAUCAUCAAUUUGAAUGAAUAUGAUGGUUCUAUUGUAUUAUCAUAAAGUAGUACUGAAGUAAAGAUAAGCAAUAUUCAAAAAAUCAAAUAAAUAUAUUACUUAAUGGUAUUAUCUAAAAGUUCAAAUAAUUUAAAUACUUAUGCUAUUAUUUAGGAUAUUUAUCAAGGAGUCUUAAAGUCCACUGGAUAUUUUGGAUUUGAUUUUCAGUGUUAAACUUAUAAUAAUGAUUUAUAAUGUGAUAUAUUUAGAAAUGGGUAUUAGACAUCUAUGAACAAUGAAUUUGAUCCAUUAUAACACUUAGUUACUGAUGUUGAAAAUAUGAAUGGUAAGAAAUGCAGUUAUUUUAAUUUUGAUAAUGCUGUUACUGUUCUUAAAAACUAUUAGGUUCCCUUAGAUGCUUUGCUAAAUGCUUUGGUUUAAAAUAACUACUAGGCACUGGUAGCAGAUAAUAACUAUCAAUAUGAUGCGUUAAUAUUAGGUAAAUUAACUUCCUCUUCACAACCAAGCACUUACAUUGAUGUACCUUAAGCAGGUGUAAGUGAAAUUUAAAAAAUUACUCCAAAAUAUUUUGGAGCAUAAUCCCAAAUUUAUUAGUUUACAAUUAAUGCAGUAUCAGUGACACUUAUCGAAACUAAAAUCGAUGAAAUUAUUAUUUAUAACAAACUUAUUCCAAGCAAUAAAGGAAAAUUAGAUCUUUCUACAUCAUAUUUUAGUGAGUAUGGAAUUGUAUUUUAAUCAAUAUGCUACACAACAUAUGAUUCUUAAUUAUUUCCAAAUACCUACGAAUGCUUUAUUCGACCAUUAAAUCCAUAAUUUGAUACAAUCAACACAAUUGUCACACCUCCUCUUAAAGAUUUAACUUAUAAAAUAUAACAAUAGGAUAACAUAUUCUUAAUUUAUUUACUUUUUGCAGAUUUUGGAGCUAUCCCAUAGCCAAGUGAUGUUGUUUAAUCAAUAAGUCUAGCAAUAUAUGAAUAAGUUUUGAAUUCAGUUUAGAAUGAUCAAUGUAAAUGUUGGGGGAGAUACAGAUAAAAAGAGAAUAAUUGUAGAUGUUAAGAUGGAUAUUAUCCACCAGCAGAUACAGCAUUUGGGUUACUUGAUUGCUAACCCUGUGAUUAUAAGUGUCAAACAUGCUAGUUUUCUAAAACAUAAUGUAUAAGUUGUCCACUGAAUUCAAACAGAAAAUUAGAUCUAAAUUUGUUUACUUGUGAAUGUAAACCAGGUUUUUUAGAAUUAGGUGUUAUUAUCUGUAGUCCAUGUCACUAUUCUUGUGGAAAAUGCAUUACAAUCCCUACUAAAUGUAGUGAGUGCGACCCUCUAUAUCAUAGGACUUGGGAUAGUACCAACUUUUUAUGUCUUUGUAAUGAUGGAUAUUAUGAUGAUGGAGUCAGUUAAAUUUGUGCAAAUUGUGAUCAUAGUUGUAGUAAAUGUUCAUUAGCAGGUAAAGUAUGUUAAACCUGCGUAUUAUCUGUUUUUAGAACUCAAUAACCAGAUAAUACAUGUCCAUGUGAUCCUGGAUAUUAUGAUGAUGGUGUUAAUGCUUUAUGUUAGCCAUGUGAUUAUACUUGUUCAACAUGUGUAGAUACAGCAACUAAAUGCACUGGAUGUAAGAUCAACUCACAUAGAUCUUUAUCUAAUAAUGAAUGCAUUUGUGAUACUCAUUACUAUCAUAUACAUCUAACUUGGGAUUGUUAACAAUGUUCAAUUUAUUGCAAUAAUUGCACAGGGCCAACGAGGACAGAGUGUUCUGAUUGCUAAGCGCUUUAGUUUAGAGAAUUGAUAGUUACAAGUUGUCAGUGUAUGGCUGGAUAUUUUAAGGAUACUUUAGAUUCCGUCAUCUGUCCAUAAUGCGAUUAUCCGUGCAAAACUUGUAAGGUGAUGAGCAAUUAGUGUUAAUCUUGUGAACCAACAUUUAAUAGAUUAUUUGAUUCAUUUAAUAAACGAUGUUAUUGCAAGGAUGGUUAUUUUGAUGAUGGUACAAAUGCAUAAUGUUAACCAUGUUCAUAUAGAUGCAGAACUUGUGUAACUAAUUAAGAUAAAUGUUUGAGUUGCCCAUUAAAUACGAAUAGAAAAUACGACUCUGUAAAGAACACAUGUAAGUGUUAGUCAUCAUAUUCUGAUAUUGGUUUUGCUGCUUGUAUGAAAUGCAGUGCUAGUUGCUAGGAGUGUUAAACUCUACCAACAUUUUGUCUUCAAUGCAACACAAAUAAAACAUUUAGAAUAGACAAGAGCGGCAUCAAUAACACUUGUCCUUGUUAAGAUGGCUAUUAUGAUGACGGAAUGAAUACUGUGUGUAAAUUGUGCCAUCCUUAAUGUAACACUUGCUCUCAAUUCCAAGUAUGCACUUCAUGUAAUAUCACAUAUGGAAGAGUGGAUAAAAGUAGUAUAGAUAAUACUUGUCCAUGCAAUGAUGGAUUCUAUGAUGACAAUCUUAAUAAAUAAUGUCAGAAUUGCCACUACUCCUGUUUGACUUGCAUGGAGAAAAACACAAAAUGUGUUAAGUGCAAUACUAGUGGAACCUAGAGAGUGAAGGCAACAGACUCAUGUCCUUGCGGUGCAGGAUAUUACGAUAAUGGCAAUUUGAUUUGUGAUGUUUGUAAUUAUAAAUGCUAAACCUGUUAAUAAUAGAGCACUUACUGUACUUCAUGUCCUACGAGUAGAUAGGGUACAAGUUGUGAUUGUAAAAUUGGAUAUAUUGAAAGUGGAGUUAAAUAAUGCACAGCUUGUUACUUUAAAUGUGGACUUUGUACUCUCAGUGAUUUGAAUACUUGUUUAGCCUGCAAUUUAAAUAGAAUCAAUUUACCAAUUUGUGAUUGUGAUAAUGGGUUUUACGAAUUGAAUAAUGAAUGCUUAGCUUGUCCUAAUAAAUGCUAAGCUUGUGAUACUACAGCUACUUGUUAAAAUUGCAAGGGAGAUCGACUUAAUAAUCCAGUGUGCUAUUGUCCUGAUGGGUAUUAUGAAGACGAAGUCUCCAUCAAUUGUUAAGUCUGUUUCGGAAAUUGUUCUACUUGCAACAAAGACAAUUGUCUCACUUGCAAAGGAAAUAGAAUUUUAGAACCCUUAUAAUGCACAUGUCCUCCAAAUUCAAUUUCUCAUAUAGAAACACCAUAUUGUUCAGAUUGCAAUGUUGCUGUAAUCUCUGCUUAAUUCAGCAGUGACUUAAGUAUAAUUUAUUUUUACUUUCCAUUCAAUGUACAAUUUGUAUCAACCAAGAAAGUAACACCCUAUUAAGCUUGCUCCUAAAUAUUUAACCCAAGUACAUUUUAAACACUCGGAAGUGCUCCCUUAUGUUCAGUAAUAUAAGAAAAAAUCUUGAUUGUAGAAUUAUCUGAGCAAAGUAGCAUAACCAUAACUACAGUAAUAUAAUUUAACACUGAUAUUUUGUUAAAAACUGGAUGCAGCGCUGCGAUAUCGACAUUUGUUUUGAUUAAUUUCUCUUACAAUCCUGUGAAAAUGGAGCCUUUAUUCGAAUUAACAACAUAUAGUGAUCCACUUACACUUUGUUAAGAUAUUCCAAUAAAUAUAAUCAAUAAAUUUGUUGAUGGAAAAAGAAAUUUAACUGAGAUAACUUGGAGCAUUGUAAAAAUGUAUCCAUAAACCUCAUCGGUCUCUCAGUAUUUAACUAGUCUUUUUGCAGAUGCUAAUGCCAAUAAUUUAUAAUCCAUUACAAUCUAAUUUCUUUCUUUAAGUGAAUAUGGCACAUAUGUAAUUUAGCUAAAAGCAAAAAAUUUUAGAGAUUAAGUUUAUACUGCACAAACAACAAUCCAAACUGAAUCAUAUGAGUCCCCCAUCAUUAAAAUUGAUCCAGAUUAAUAAUAUACAUUCGGUAGAUGGGAAGACUUAUCAUUCACUGUAACCCUUAAACAUUUAUCAUGCUAUACCAGCUCUGUUGUUGAAAUUUUUGAUGCAAUCAGAGUUAAUUGGACAGAAAUUGCUAAGACUCCAAAAGAUACUCCAAGUGUACUCAAGGAUUCUUUCAUCUCUGAAACGGAUGGUAUGACAUUUUUGAACACUUUGAGAAUACCAGCUUAUACAGCAGCUGUUAAUUCCACUUACACACUUUAAGUUACAGCAUCAUUAACUAAUAAACCAAUUAAGACAUCAAUAUAAUUUACAAUAAAAAUAAUUAGUAGUCCUAUGCAGGCUUAUAUUUAAGGUGGAACAAGAACUUAAUCUUUUAAUGAUUAUGCAGUCCUGAAUGGAUUCUGUAGAGAUCCUGAUCUUGAAUAUCCAUGGAACAAAGAUCCAGAUAUUACAUUUAAUUGGAGAUGUAUCAAUCUAGCUACUAGCGAAAGUUGCACAGAUUCAAAUAAAGAGGCUUUAGAGUUAAACGUAACUGAUGCUACCCAGACAUUUAAACCUAGAGUGUUAGAUCCUUAUUAACCACUUUAAUUUGUUAUGAGAAAUACUAAAUAUUCAACUAUAUUGAUUACUUAAAUUAUCCUAUUAGUUAUUGAAAAUGAUUUGCCUAAUAUUUAAGUAAGUUACCCAUCAGGAUAUGAUGGUAGGUAAAUAUUAUUGCAUGAAGAACUCAAUUUUACAUUAGCCACUUCAGUUGAUCCUGAUUCAUUAAAGUACUUUUGCUAAAUUGUUUAUAAUUACAAUAUUGUGGCAUCCUUUACGUUUAAAUUCUUAUAAGUCAAGUUUCGUAUUUGGGAUUAUUGGGAAGAUACUGAUACAUCAAUUAAUGGAAUCCAAAUUAAAAUGGCUGCCAAAGAUAUUUAUCAUUAUAUGCCAUCCACAUCCUCUGUUAAUUUAUUAUUAAACAUACCACCCAAUGAUUGUAAAUUUAUAAUUACCCCAUCAUCAGGAACAUCUAUUACUGACUUAUUUGUUCUAUCAGUCGUAAAUUGCUAUGAUCCCUAGCUUCCUUUAUAAUAUCAAUUUCAUAUUUAUUCUAGUUAGAAAACAUUAGAUAAUGAUAAUUUAAUAGGAGAAACAAUAAAUAAAAAGUCAAUAACAGAUAAAUAAUCAAGUUCUUAAUUGUAAUUAGUAUUGCCAACACCUAUAAAUCUAGAUAAUAGUAUUGCUUAUGAAUUAGUGCUUGUAGCUAGUAUUUAUGAUAAUAAUAAUGGAAUGAAAAACCUAACCAAAACUGUUAAAGUUAAUAGUAUUUAUCAAAAAGUAGAAACUUCAGAUUUCCAAUCUGUUUUAUUGUAAAUCAGAAGAGCACUUAAAUUAAGUGAAACUAUAGAUGAGUCAACUCUUCCUUCAUUAUUCAUUGGUAGCUAAGAAUUAUCAACUCUCUAUAAUUAAUUGUAACCAGAAAAAUAGGCACAAAUGAAGAGUAUUCUUAAAGAUAUUUAUUCUAUUCUAUCAUCAUUUUAAGGUAAAAUGACUAGUAAAGUAUUGGAAGAAUCACUUUUAUCAUCAAUAGCAGCUAUUGGUAGAACUGGUAUCACUUAUGAAAUGGAAGGAGCGAGUGUUGUUGACUUCUACACAAUUAAGCAAUAACUGAAGAAAACUUUUAAAUAGUUAAAUAGAUAAAUAAAUGAUUUGGAUUAUUUUCUACAAUAAAAAUAGAAAUCAGGAGGAUCAACAUCAAAAUUUGAAGAUGCAAUCAAAGCUUUAGAUAAUACACUUCUUAAUAGUGGUUUUGUGACUGAUACAUUAUUUAAUGCUAUAAAAGCUAAUUCAUUUUAAGGAGCAGAUAUUACAGAAUCAGAUGUUAACUCAUUAAAAGAAUAAAUUCAAUAAAUAAAUAAAUUAGUAGCAAUAGCCACUUUAAAGAGAAGUUUAGCCAAUGAAAAGCCUAGAUAGUAUGCAGGUUAAUAAAUGGGUAUGUAGGCCUAUAAAUCAACACCUGCUUAAAUUACAAAAAUAUUAAGUGGAUCAAUAACACCUAGGUUUUUUGGAAGCAGCUCUGAUACAUCAAGUACUGAUUUAUAAGGAUCUGGGAGCGAUGAUAACUUGAAUUUAGAAGAGGAAGCAGAUGAAAUAAAUUAUGAUGAAUAUCUUUCUAUGUUAAAUGGAACCAACAGUACAAAUAGCACUAAUAGUACGAAUAGCACAAAUAGUACAAAUUCAGGAAAUAAGAGAAGACUCCUUUAAUUUGUUGAAUGGAUUUAAAAUAAAAAUAAUCUUCAUUAUUUAAGAAACUUAUAAUAAAUAGAUCCUACUACUGUAAAAUAAUAUGAAGUCAGUAUGUCUAAUUAUGCUACAAGUCCAAAUUUGAAUGAUCCUAAAUUUAAAUCAUAACUUAAUGUUAAUCAAACUAAUGAAGUUACCAAUUCAUCAAAUAUUACUCAUGAUUAAUCCAUCAUUAGCAAUUUUGGUACUAUUUAACCGAAUAUCACAAUGACAGAGAACGGUAAUAGCACAGAAAUAAAAAGUCUUGAAGGCCAAUCCAUUAAAUUAUCAUUUUCUGCUCCAUAAAAUGAUAGUGCCAAUUCAACUAUGGAAUGUGUAUCUGAAUUGAAAGAUACAUGGGAUACUGGUACAUGUAAAAUAAAGAAAGAUGUGGAUUCUAAAGGUAAUAUUGCAUACGUUUGUGAUUGUGUUGUCGUUAAUCCAACAACAGUCAUCACAAAAUUAGAUAGUUUUAUUUCAAACAAGUUAGACUCAGUAUUUAAUGCUGAUUCUUUGAACAUCUUUUUAUAAAUUUAAUUUUGGAAAUAUGCCAUUUUCUACAUUGCUAUUGGAUUUACAGGUGCUUAUGUUGCACUCAUGGUCAUAGGAUUAAGGAAGGAUAAUUAAGAUUUUAUAGAAGAAAUCACCAAAGAAUUAAAUGUAAACACCAAUCUAAAUCCUAAUUUGCAAAAUUUAAAGAAAGAGAUUCAUGACAUAGUUAUAGAAGAGAAAAGCAUGGAAGAUUCAGUGGAACAGGAAGAAGAAGGAUAACCAGUUAUUCAAUCUGGUGAAUUUGCUAGAUUAGCUUUGCUAUCUUUAAAAGCUCCAGAUAAUGCAGAUUUUAAAUAAGAUGAAGAAGGGAAACUAAUUGGUGGUUCUGACGAAGAACAUGCAGGAUUGAAUCAGAAUGACAUUUAUCGAUUAUAAGUAGAACGAAAUAGGGCUAAAAUCAAUUUUAAGUAAGUACAAGAUUAGUUACAGCAACAUUAACUUUAUAAUCCCUCAACAAAUAAACAUUAAAUACAAGCAAAAGAAUUAUCAAAUGUAAUAAAAAAUGUUUAUACAAUUCAUGAUUUAAAAUAUCAACACGGUUAAGAAAUCAAACUAAAGCCUUUAACAUUAAAAGUUCUUUGGGAAGGAAUAUUAACCCUUCAUAGAGUAUUAUCAAUAUUGAUGUUAUAUGAUGAUGUUAUUAGUAGACCAGCUAGAUUUGCUUUGAUUUAUGCCAAAACUAUUUUAGUGUUAGCAUUAUCAGCAUUAUUUUCUGGUAACAUGGGACCUGUUUACGCUACUAUGAUAUCAGUUGGAAUUGGAUAAGUCAUCAAUGUGAUUCUAUCCAUCAUUACAGUUACAAUGAAAGCAUCUCCAAUCCUCAAAUUUUUAGGAAUUUUAAUAACGAUUGCAAUCUCUGCUGUUUGCUGGUUCAUCGUAUUGAUGCUUUCUGCCAGCAUGGAAGAGAUCUAGGCAAAUAUAUGGGCAAUUUAAUUCGCAUCAACAUAAGUUAUUGAUCUAAUCAUUGCAGAAUUCCUUAUUAUAACAAUUAAACUUUCCAUAUAUCCUUGGGCAAUCAAAGCAUUAAACAAUCCAGAUGAAAGUGCCUCUAAAAUCCUAGCAAAUUUAGUUUUUAUAAUAGUGGCACAACCUUAGAUUUAAAAGUUCUUUGAGGUGGAAGAUAAACCUGAAAGUAAUCUAGAAGCUUGA